AUGGAAAUCGGGGUCUUCAUCCCCAUCGGCAACAAUGGGUGGCUGAUCUCCACCGCCUCGCCACAAUACCAACCCUCCUUCGCCCUCAACAAAGCCAUAAUCCAAAAGGCCGAGUCCUACGAUCUUGACUUCGCCCUGUCCAUGAUAAAACUUCGUGGAUUCGGCGGGAAGACCGAGUUCUGGGACCACAACCUCGAAUCCUUCACUCUUAUGGCUGGUCUGGCCGCCGUCACCACGAAGAUAAAACUCUUCGCUUCGUCCGCGAUCCUGACUCUUCCUCCGGCGUUGGUAGCGAGAAUGGCGACAACGAUUGAUUCCAUUGCUCCUGGACGGUUUGGAGUUAACAUCGUGACUGGAUGGCAGGAAGCAGAGUACAGUCAAAUGAACAUCUGGCCUGGAAACGCCUACUUCGGAUAUCGUUACGACUACGCUACUGAAUACGUACAAGUCAUGAAAGACCUCUGGGCCAACGGAGUAUCGAAUUUCAAAGGGAAGCACUUCACGAUGACGGACUGCAAGAUGUCCCCCAAACCAUCAGGCGAUAUUAAAAUCGUGGCAGCUGGACAAAGUGGUAGAGGUCUGGAGUUCGCGAGCCAGUACGCGGAUUUCAACUUUGCUAUGGGCAGUGGGAUUAAUACGCCCACGAAUAUCAAGGAGGGUAAUGAGAGACUUGUGGAAGCAAGUGAAAAGGCGGGCAGGGAUUGCGGUGCGUAUGUGUUGUUUAUGGUUAUUGCGGAGGAGACGGAUGGGGCGGCCGAAGCGAAGUGGAAGGAGUAUAGGGAUGGAGCGGAUGUUGACGCGUUGGCUUGGAUGGCGGACCAGGGGAGCAAGGAUACGAAGGCUGAUAGUAAUGCGACGGUAAAGACGAUCAACCUUCCUGAAGGAGCGGUGAAUUUGAAUAUGGGGACCUUGGUGGGGUCAUAUGCGAAAGUCGCGGGGAUGCUGGAUGAGAUUGCUGAGAUUCCUGGCACGAAGGGGAUAAUGUUGACGUUCGAUGAUUUCUUGAUUGGGAUGGACAAGUUUGGGGAGAACAUCCAACCGCUGAUGAAGUGCCGGGCGCAUAUUGGGGCACCAGCAGCUGCUUGA